AUGGCUGCAUUCCCCGAUGAACUCCCUUGUCCGGAGUACUUCAAUUUUGCCCUUCAUGUAGUCGAUAAAUGGGCUGCAAUCCGUCCCUCACCACAGGCGCUGCUCUGGGUCGACCAGAAAGGUCGCAAUCCAUUGUCUUUGGAUUACGCAUACUUCUCGAAGCGCUCGCACCAAGCCGCUGAGCUUCUGACGCGUCUUGGUGUUAAAAAAGGUGAUCGGGUGAUCAUCAUCCUUCCCCGUGUGCCAGCUUGGUGGGAGAUCGCCACUGCAAUUAUACGUAUCGGGGCUGUUGUGUGCCCCUGCACAACCCAAGCCGUGGCCCAUGAUAUCGAGUAUCGAGCUCGAGCUUCAGGAGCUACGGUGUUUAUCGGAGAUGAUGUGAGUUUGGAGAAGUUCAAUGCCGUGCGCAAGAAUUGCCGCGACGUUCGGAUCAUUCUCCAGGCCGCAGGGCCCCCGCUUAAAGAUGUUUCGCAAUACGCAUCGGAGUUGAAAAAUAUUCCAGAAGGAUUCUUAUUCAAUGAUGAAUCUAGCAGGACUAAGUGGUCCGACCCGUCGAUGAUCUAUUUCACUUCUGGAACAACUGGAAUGCCGAAAAUGGUGGUCCAUGAUCAGGUUUCGUACCCCUUAGGCUGGGCAAAAGCAGCCUGGUCUUGGUUUGGCGCCUGGAAUUGUGGAGCGGCACUUUUCAUCCAAGAAACUGUUGGCCCGUUCAACCCAGAGCAGGCAUUCGACAAUCUUCAUCGCUACCCUAUUACUACUCUGUGUGCUCCUCCAACAGCAUAUCGCCAAUUUGUAUUACCUUCGCGGCAGGCGUAUUUCCGCCAGAACGCACCAAUGAACCUUGAGCAUUGCGUUGGUGCCGGUGAGCCGCUGAAUGACCAAGUAAUCAAGACCUGGAAAGAAAUGUGUGGGCUCGAGAUCAGAGACGGCUAUGGACAAACGGAGACGACCUUGGUUUGCGGAAAUAUCAAAGGGAAUAAAGUCAAAUAUGGUUCGAUGGGUAAACCCUUACCUGGUGUUCCAUUGACCGUGAUCAACCAGGAAGGCGAAGAAUCACCCCCAGGGGAAGAAGGAGAAAUUGCCAUUGCUACUACCACUCCGCGAGGAUCCAGAACCCUUAAUAUUUUCACGGGAUACUUGCAAGCUGACGGCACCGUUUUUCGUCCUGUACGCCAAGCAAAGACAUGCUCAUGGUAUUUAACUGGAGAUAGAGCAUACAAAGAUGAAGACGGAUUCCUUUGGUUUGUUGGUCGAUCUGAUGAUGUUAUAAACUCUUCGGGUUAUCGGAUUGGUUAG